AUGGCGUCUCAGAGUGCCACAGGGCGAGGUCAAAGAAACCGUAGGGCUAGAGAUCUGGAUGCGAUGCAAACCGGAGCUGGCAAGCAAGAUGAAGACCACGAUCACUGGCAAGCAAGGGAGGCGGUGUGGGCAAGCUGGGCUGAUCAGGAAGCUUAUGACAAAAAGAUGGCCGAGACGAAGGAUCGGCGCGACGCGGCGCGCACGGUGCACGAGGCCAAACAGAAGGAAAAACAGGAGGAGUUGGAGGCUGCUUCUUCAACAUCGCACGUAACCGAGAGGCAGGAGAAGGUUUCCGACGGAAAUGGAGAGGAUGAUAUCGAGAUCUUUGAAGGGGUCUACCACAAGCGUACCGAGAUUAGGCAUUUGCGGUAUUACUACGACAAGUCCUACAUGUUCGACCCGAAGAGCAUCGGGGUGGUUUUCGGCGAGACGAGCGUCGAGAUCGAUGGCGGGGUCCACGUGGUGAAAUCAGUCGAUCGCGGCAAAUACGCACUGGAAGGUCCAGAUUCCACAAUCACUCAGUGGGAGCUCCUGAACAACCGGUGCGGUGAAGGGGUGACACUGGACACCGACCUCCGGCGGUUCAUCACCCAUCUGACCGACACGACGAGCCCUUGA